UCGUGACGUCAAACAUCGUUACGUAAACCGUUCGGCGCAAAAAUUCGAAAGCUCAACAGGAAGACGUCUGGCUGGUGUUGUUGUACUUAGAAAACAGGACAAACUAAAUACGUAAAACUGGGUUUGGCUUGAAGACAUUUUGAGGUAAGAUGAGUGCAGCUUCCACACCAGUCUCCCAGGUACGAUCAGCAUGGACAACGUCGUCCUUGAAGAACAAAGGCAUGUCCCCUGCUGCCUGCAGCACUCCUUUGCUUGCUGCCUUCCCGGGCAAUGAUGAUGAGCAGGAGAGGCGUCAGCGACGUAGAUCCAGGGUCAUUGACCUCCAAGCUGCUGCUGACUCUUUCAGUGAGUCGGCAUCUCACAGUGCCUCAGGGACGCCUGCUGCUGUGCCCAAGUUGUCAAAUGCUCAGAUCUCAGAGCAUUACUCCACCUGCAUCAAACUCUCCACUGAGAACAAAAUAACCACCAAAAACGCCUUUGGUCUGCAUCUGAUUGACUAUAUGGCUGACAUUCUGAAACAGAAGGAUUCUGAGCUCACAAACUUCAAGGUAGCAGCUGGCACUUUGGAUGCCAGCACAAAGAUUUAUGCAGUCAGGGUGGAUGCUGUUCAUGCUGAUGCCUACAGGGUGCUCGGUGGUCUGGGAACUGAAACCAAACCUGGAGAAGAACAUGGGUCAAAAGACCAAAAAGAGGGAGAUGAGGUGGGUGCAGGAGGAGAAGCAACUUCUAAGCAACCAAAGAAGAAGAGGCCGCCUAAGAGGACGGUGGAGCAGAAUCUGAGCAACAUCAACAGCUCUGAGUCUGAAAGAAAGUGUGAGGUGGACCCCAUGUUUCAGCGGCUGGCCUCGUCCUUUGAUGAGAGCAGCACUGCUGGUGUCUUCCUGUCCGUUCUGUUCAGUGAAAACAGUCGAUGCGAGUUGCUUUUUCCCUCCUAUUUGACCCUGCUGCAGUCCAGACCGUCCUAUUCCCCACCACCUCCGCAGAGGGUCCCCACGUCUCCAUUCAUUGCUGGUCUGCAGCGUUCUCAGGAAAAAUGCUCUAUCUGUCCUUCACUGCAGGACUUCUCCUUCACUAGCUGGAACCCUGAUCAGACCAUAAACCAACUGCUGGAGAAGAUGAAGCAGGGCAAUCAUGUGUUUGAUGUGAACGCUGAACCUGAAGACGAUGACUGCCAAGACUUUGGUCAGGACUUUGAUGGGGACUGUGAGGAAGAGCAGGAUAACUGUGGGGACAAAGUCAUGGAAUACAAGGAAGGCUGUGAGGCAUCUGACUCAGCCAAAGGAAGAGACGUGAUUCCCAUUGGAGCGGGAGACAUUGCCACAAUGUGUCUGCAGCUGUCCUCUCAGCCCAGGGAGUACUCAUAUUUCAGUCCCAGAACAAUGGCCACAUGGGCUGGACCUGGCUACUGGCAGUUUAAGCCAAAGCACAAGUUGGAUCAUUUGCCUGACAAGGAGACACGUAAACGAAAGCCCAAGAAGGCCUUUGAAAUAGACUUCAAUGAAGAUGUAAACUUUGAAAAGCAUUUCCGUACCACAAGGGCAGCCACCACGACAAGCAAGUCUGCCCUGAGUGCCAGCAAUAAGAAAACUACACUAGCAGCAGACUUUCAGUUCCCCCCAGAGACGCUGUCACAACUCAACUUGAAGCCCUCGAGUUCGUUGAGUCAAGAAUGCCAGAAGAGAUUAUCUGGAGAACGUGGAGAAGGCAUCGGAGACUAUGACUACAAUAAUGCCAACGACACAACCAAUUUCUGUCCCGGUCUUCAGGGUGGUGAUAGUGAUGACGAUGUUGAAGGGUUUGCUGGUUCUGAUGACACACAGCCUUCAGGUGAAGGCAUCCCCGUGACUUCACACAAUCCAGAGGGCAUCUCCACCUAUGGGGAGGAUGAUUUGGUACCAGAACCACACAGGGUCAACAAGAUUGAGAUCAACUACGCUAAAACGGCCAAAAAAAUGGACAUGAAACGACUCAAGAACAGCAUGUGGACUCUUCUGACUAAAAGCUUAGAAAAAUCUACAAAGGACGCUGAGCCUGCAGAGACACCAGAGGUGUGUGGGGAGAAAGUCUUCAGUCACACCACAAAGGCACUGCUUCAGAGUCUGCCAAGUACGAUGGCUCAGAACCUUUCUGUGCCUCUUGCAUUUGUCGCUCUUCUUCAUCUUGCCAAUGAAAAGAAUUUGGAGCUGGUGAAAGUUGAUGACAUGUCCGAUAUCAUCAUACGACAAGGCCGCUGAGGACAGAAGCCUAAUGAGCUCUCUUACAAUUUU